AGGUUAUGAAGUGUCAAAUUUGAGGUUAAGUUUUCGUGAAGUAAGGUUAUCUUGGCGCAAUCAGUGAACUAAAAUGCGGCUUUCUCGGCACCUCUGCAAGCAGCACAUCGGUUGGCACCUGAAAAAACUGUGGGCGAACCAAAGCAUUAAAAAAAUCGAGGAUUCACAAGCUGAGAAAAGGUUGUUAGAGAAAGGCAUUCCGGUAGUUCGUGCCGAAGAUGUCUUGCAAGAGAGCUACAGGGAACAACACAAAUUCGAAAAAGUUGAGGUUGUGGGGUUUAAGCCGCCACCAAUUGCUUUUGAUAACACUCACCCAAAUUGGCACGACAGGGUUUUGCUCACAUAUAAAGACAACAAUGUGCUUUUGGAGGGUCUUAAACAGGCCAAGAUUUUAACAAACACCGUGGAACUUACGGAAGGUUUACCGAAAAGUAGAGCAAUUGAGAGUAAUAAGGAAAUUGAAAGGAGAGUCAAGGAGAUUAUUCUUUCGUCACACGUGUUUGAUGCAGAGCAGCAAAAACUGCCAAAGUUGAAGGACCCGGAGAGACCGGCUUGGAAUUUUCCCCGGGUUUAUGGCAUUACGCAGCCCCGAGUCAUUAAGUUACUGUUAUCAAACUUAUUGCAACUAAUUGAAAACACGAGUGACUUGGAGUUGGUUAAAAACCGGUUUGUAAUUGACGACGCACAUUUCUCGUACAGUUUUGAAAAGUAUGGCAAAUUGAUGCAGUUUGAAUUAAAAGGGGACACCCUUUUAACUUCAAAAUCGCCGUUAAGUCCUGUUACUGACCAACCAACCAAAGAGCUCGAACUACCUGAUAUUUUCCCAAUAGAACCCACCAUAACACUAAAUGAGGAAAAUGUUUACACAGUUAGACAAAUUUAUCCUAUAAACAUUCAAUUUGCCAAAUCGCACCCUCACACAAUAUUUAUACCGCAUGUGGAAACCGACGUAAAAAACAUAUUCGAGGAACCUGUAACAGACGAGCAAAUUUUUGGACGCUCCCUUUUGAAGACCUUCACAGUGGCUGCGUCAUAUGCCAAGGAAAAAUUUGGGGAUGUUAAAAUUUUGCCCAAGCCUGUGACAGUCCAGUGUGUGCACACCAACGGCCACUUGUUCCACUUUGGGGUGUUUCAGUUGAACACACUUGACUUGGAAGACAGUGGGGUGAAAAAUGUCUGGUACCAGACCAACAGAAUCCCGCUUUUUGAGAGUUGUGGCUACAAAGUCGGCAAACCGGUCUUGGAGGGCUACAACCGCGAAGUAAUGCAUAUUUUAACAAGUUUUUAUAAUAACGUUUAAUUACUAUAAAAUGUACAUAUAAAAAUUGCAAUUAUCACAUAAAACAUUGAUAGAA